GUGUUCUCUUCUUUAAAACUUCCUUAAAGCAUAAUUCUUGUUUUGAAUCUCCAAACGUUGAUGCCUUUGUGCGCUUGUUUUCUCUAAUUUCUCCAGUAGUUUUUUAUUUUCUUCUCCAAGGUGUUAAUAACAAGUGAUGUUUGAUCAUCAAUUUUUCUUUUGAGUUUGGCUUUUUUCACUCCAAUUGGUUUCUUAGAUCUACCCAUUCUAUCUUCUUCAUCAUCUAAAUUUAUAGAAAAAAAUAGACAAACUUGGAGAUUCUUGUGUAGCAUAAUCAGAUGUAACAUUUUCCAAUUCUGGAUUUGUAUCUCCGAAACCACAUGAGUUUGAUACUUUUCUUGUGCAUGUGUCACCAUCUUUAAACUUUUCACAAUUCUUUAUAAUGCUCCAUACAUGAUCGAACUUCUAACCUCCUUUGUAUUUUGGAUCAUCCAAUACCAUUAACUUGGCUUGUUUAAGCUGAAUAUCAUUUUAAAACAUUAUUGCAAAGUAAGUAAAAUAUAUAUUACACAAACUAAACAACACUUACAAUGUCAUCAGUUGAAGCACCACUUGGACGUCUGUUUUCACAUUGCGUGAUGCAUGCAAUUUCUUUGUUGCUUUCUCAAUAGUUUGAAUUCGACAAUGGAUAGACUUUUUGUACGUUCACUCCAACUUGCAUAUUUUUCGUUCUCGUAAGCAGCUGCCACACGAGACCAGAAUUAGUCGAACGACUGAUAAACACCUUUGAUUGGAUCUUGAGAUAUUUCCAUAUAUACUUGACAUAAAAAUCUAUCUUCUUCAUGAGUAUUUCCAGCAGAACGUAACGGAAUUUUGUAAACAAAGUUAAAAUAAGAUGUGGAUGCAAUAGAAAAUAUUAUGAUUCAGUGUUGUGAAUGAAAAUGUAGAACACAAAAUGUUAUUUAUACACAAUAAAGAUUCUCAAAUUUUUUUAAUUUAUAAGACAUGAUUUGAUAAUACAAUGAAAAAGUUAUUCAAAGAUUCUCACAUUUUUAACUUAUUAUGACAUGAUUUGAUAAUACAAUGAAAAGUUUAUUCAAAGAUUUUCACAUUUUUAAUUUGUUAUGACAUGAUUUGAUAAUUCAAUAAAAAGGUGAAUUUAAAUAUUUUCACAUUUUUUAUCAACUAUGACUUGAUUUGAUAAUACAAUGAAAACGUGAAUUUAAAUCCUCACAUUUUAAGCUUAUUAUGACAUGAUUUAAUAAUACAAUGAAAAGUUUAUUCAAAGAUUCUCACUUUUUUUAAUUUGUUAUAAUAUGAUUUGAUAAUGCAAUUGAUUCAAAUAUUCUUAUAUAAUUUUAUAUUUUAUGUCAUGAUUUGAUAAUGCAACGAAAAGGUGAUUCAAAGAUUCUCACAGUUUUCAAUGUACUAUGACAUGAUUUGAUAAUGCAAUGAAAAUGUGAUUCAAAGAUUCUCACAUUUUUCAAUCUACUAUGGCAUGACUUGAUAGUGCAAUGAAAAAGUGAUUCAAAGAUUCUCACAUUUUUCAAUCUAAAAUAAUAUGAUUUAAUAUUACAAUAAAAGUGAUUUCAAAAUGAUCUAUAUAUAGUAGAAAUCCUUGUUGGUUUUCACAAAUUUAAUUUUUACUUCACACACUCUAAGUUUCUUCUUUUAAAAUGAAUUGCAAUUUUACAAAAUUCACCUCUACAUUUGAGUUCUUCUUCAUCCUCUUCAGAUGAUGAUGCUGAAAAUGUAGAAAUGAUUAAUAGUCAUGAGCAAGAAGAAUUGGCGAAACAUUCUGCUAUCGAAAAUAACAAUUUACAAAGCAGCCAGGUGAUUCAUGGAGGCUCAGUUCCUGGACGUUCUUUUAUCCACCGAGAUCGAGAAAGCGCACAUUGAAGAUUGUUCAACGACUAUUUCUCAGAGAAUCCAACUUACAACGACACCAUGUUUCGUAGGAGAUAUCUUAUGUCUCGUUCUUUAUUCCUUUGUAUUGUUAAUGCUCUCGAAGACCAUGACAACUACUUUAGACAGCGAAAUGAUACAACUGGAAGACUUGGUUUAUCAUCUCUUCAGAAAGCAACAUCCGUCUUUCAGAUGCUAGCUUAUGGUUUGCCCGCUGAUGCUACUGAUGAAUAUAUUGGCACAGCAAUCGAAAGUAUGAAAAUAUUUUCUCGGGCUAUUGUGGAAAUAUUCUCAGAUGAAUACUUACGGUCAUCAAUACCUACCGAUGUUUCAAGACUUCUGAAGAUUGGUGAAGAGCGAGGCUUUCCGGGAAUGUUGGGUAGUUUAGAUUGCAUGCACUGGAAGUGGAAAAAUUGCCCGAUCGCUUGGGCUGGACAAUAUGCAGGUCGUAGUGGAUCACCAACUAUAAUUCUUGAAGCUGUUGCAGAUUAUGAUCUUUGGAUAUGGCAUGCAUAUUUCGGGAUGCCGGGCAGCAAUAAUGAUAUCAAUGUCUUGGAGUCUUCACAUCUUUUCUCCAAUCUCGCUCAAGGUAUUGCACCUCCUCCUCAUUAUAUCAUUCAAGGCAAAGAAUAUAAUAUGAGUUAUUAUUUGGCCGACGAUAUAUAUCCAAAAUGGUCUACCAUAGUGCAAACUAUUCAUGAGCCAGUGGGUUCAAAGAAGAAAUAUUUUGCUACACAACGAGAAGCAUGUCAAAAAGAUGUGGAGCGUGCCUUUGGAGUUCCUCAAUCACGCUUUGUAAUUGUGAAAGGACCAGCUCGUUUUUGGAAAAAAGAUGUGCUACAUGACAUAAUGACUAAAUGUAUAAUUCUAAUAACAUGA